GACCUGCGCGCGGUUUAGUGGGCGGACCGCGCUGCUGGAGGUGUGAGGACCUGAGACUCCGGGUUGGGGGGGUGGAGGCGGCUCCUGCGACCGAAAAGGACUUGCGACUCUCCGGCCACGCACCAUGAGGGUCCUGUGGGUGCUGGGCCUCUGCUGCGUCCUGCUGACCUUCGGGUUUGUGAGAGCUGACGAUGAAGUCGAUGUGGAUGGCACGGUAGAAGAGGACCUGGGUAAAAGUAGAGAAGGCUCACGGACAGACGAUGAAGUUGUGCAGAGAGAGGAAGAAGCUAUUCAGUUGGAUGGUUUAAAUGCAUCACAAAUAAGGGAACUUAGAGAAAAAUCGGAAAAGUUCGCCUUCCAAGCUGAAGUUAACAGGAUGAUGAAACUUAUCAUCAAUUCUUUGUAUAAAAAUAAAGAGAUUUUCCUGAGAGAACUGAUUUCAAAUGCUUCUGAUGCUUUAGACAAGAUAAGGCUCAUCUCACUAACUGAUGAAAAUGCACUUGCUGGAAAUGAGGAGUUGACGGUCAAGAUUAAGUGUGACAGAGAGAAAAACCUGCUGCAUGUCACAGACACGGGUGUAGGAAUGACCAGAGAGGAGCUGGUUAAAAACCUGGGCACCAUAGCCAAAUCUGGAACCAGCGAGUUUCUAAACAAAAUGACAGAAGCACAAGAAGACGGUCAGUCAACUUCCGAACUGAUCGGCCAGUUUGGUGUCGGUUUUUAUUCUGCCUUCCUUGUAGCAGAUAAGGUCAUUGUCACGUCGAAACACAACAAUGAUACCCAGCACAUCUGGGAAUCCGACUCUAAUGAAUUCUCUGUGAUUGCUGACCCAAGAGGAAACACACUAGGUCGUGGAACAACGAUUACUCUUGUCUUAAAAGAAGAAGCAUCUGAUUACCUUGAAUUGGAUACAAUUAAAAAUCUCGUCAGAAAGUAUUCUCAGUUCAUCAACUUUCCCAUCUAUGUGUGGAGUAGCAAGACUGAGACUGUGGAGGAGCCCUUGGAAGAAGACGAAACAGCACAAGAAGAGAAGGAGGAAGCUGAUGAUGAAGCCGCAGUAGAAGAGGAGGAGGAAGAGAAGAAGCCAAAGACGAAGAAAGUUGAAAAGACUGUGUGGGACUGGGAACUUAUGAAUGACAUCAAACCAAUAUGGCAGAGGCCGUCCAAAGAAGUAGAAGAAGACGAGUACAAAGCUUUCUACAAGUCGUUUUCAAAGGAAAGUGAUGACCCCAUGGCUUAUAUCCACUUUACUGCAGAAGGGGAAGUCACCUUCAAGUCAAUUUUGUUUGUGCCUACAUCUGCGCCUCGAGGUCUGUUUGACGAGUAUGGAUCUAAGAAGAGCGAUUAUAUUAAGCUCUAUGUGCGCCGAGUGUUCAUCACAGACGACUUCCAUGACAUGAUGCCCAAGUACCUGAAUUUUGUCAAAGGUGUUGUGGAUUCCGAUGAUCUCCCCCUCAAUGUUUCCCGUGAGACUCUUCAGCAACAUAAAUUGCUCAAGGUGAUUAGGAAGAAGCUUGUCCGCAAAACUCUGGACAUGAUCAAGAAGAUCGCUGAUGAGAAAUAUAAUGACACUUUCUGGAAAGAAUUUGGCACCAAUAUCAAGCUUGGUGUGAUUGAAGAUCACUCAAAUCGAACACGGCUUGCUAAACUUCUUAGGUUCCAGUCUUCUCACCAUUCAACUGACAUUACUAGUUUAGACCAGUAUGUGGAAAGAAUGAAGGAAAAACAGGACAAAAUCUACUUCAUGGCUGGGUCAAGCAGAAAAGAGGCUGAAUCUUCUCCGUUUGUUGAGAGGCUUCUGAAGAAGGGCUAUGAAGUUAUUUACCUCACAGAGCCCGUGGAUGAAUACUGCAUUCAGGCUCUUCCUGAGUUUGAUGGGAAACGGUUCCAGAAUGUUGCCAAAGAAGGAGUGAAGUUUGAUGAGAGUGAGAAAAGUAAAGAAAGUCGGGAAGCAACAGAGAAGGAGUUUGAGCCUCUGCUCAACUGGAUGAAAGAUAAGGCCCUCAAGGACAAGAUCGAAAAGGCUGUGGUGUCCCAGCGCCUCACAGAGUCUCCCUGUGCCCUUGUGGCCAGCCAGUAUGGAUGGUCUGGAAACAUGGAGAGGAUCAUGAAGGCACAAGCAUACCAGACGGGCAAGGACAUCUCUACAAAUUACUAUGCCAGUCAGAAGAAAACGUUUGAAAUUAAUCCUAGACACCCACUGAUCAGGGACAUGCUGCGGAGGGUUAAGGAAGAUGAAGAUGACAAGACUGUCAUGGAUCUUGCUGUAGUUUUGUUUGAAACGGCAACUCUUCGGUCAGGAUACCUUCUACCCGACACCAAGGCAUAUGGAGACAGGAUAGAAAGGAUGCUCCGCCUCAGCUUAAACAUUGACCCUGAAGCACAGGUAGAGGAAGAGCCAGAGGAGGAGCCUGAAGACACCACAGAAGACACCACAGAUGACUCCGAGCAGGAUGAAGAAGAGACAGACGCAGGGGCAGAAGAAGAAGAAGAAGAACAGGAAACAGAAAAGGAACCUACAGAGAAGGAUGAAUUGUAAUUAUACUCUCACUAUGAAUCCUGUGUGGAGAGGGAAUGUGACAUUUUAAAGUUAUUUCUUUUGAAAGACUUGUUUUGGAUGCUCCCCCAAGCCUCCCUCUCCCCUGCACUGUAAAAUGUUGGGAUUAUGGGUCACAGGAAGAAGUGGUUUUUUUAGUUGAAUUUUUUUUUUUAACAUUCCUCCUGAAUGUAAAUUUGUACUAUUUAACUGACUAUUGGUGUAAAAUCUUGUCAUGUGUAUAAAAAUAAAAAAAGAUCCCAAAUA